AUGAUGAUCAAUACGUUUAUCAAAGGCGCCGUAUCGGAUCAGCGCCGGCGCCGAAAUGGGAGAUCAAAAGGCAUUAUUCAGCCACGGAAAAAGGGAAGUUACGGAAACCAUGGCAACCGCAGACACCACCUCAGCACCACCUCAGCACCACCUCAGCACCACCUCAGCACCACCUCAGCACCACCUCAGCACCACCUCAGCACCACCUCAGCACCACCUCAGCACCACCUCAGCACCACCUCAGCACCACCUCAGCACCACCGCGGUGGCUCUGAGGCCUUGGAAGAACUCGUGAAUGAGACGUGUUUGGAAAAGAGUGAGCAGGGGCAGGAGCAGGGGCAGGAGCAGGAGCAGGAGCAGGAGCAGGAGCAGGAGCAGGAGCAGGAGCAGGAGCAGGGGCAUGAGCAGGAGCAGGGGCAUGAGCAGGAGCAGGAGCAGGAGCAGGAGCAGGAGCAGGGGCAGGAGCAGGGCCAGGAGCAGGAGCAGGAGCAGGAGCAGGGGCAGGAGCAGGAGCAGGAGCAGGAGCAGGAGCAGGGGCAGGAGCAGGAGCAGGAGCAGGAGCAGGAGCAGGAGCAGGAGCAGGGGCAUGAGCAGGAGCAGGGGUAUGAGCAGGAGCAGGGGCAUGAGCAGGAGCAGGAGCAGGAGCAGGAGCAGGGGCAGGAGCAGGAGCAGGGGCAGGAGCAGGGCCAGGAGCAGGAGCAGGAGCAGGAGCAGGGGCAGGAGCAGGGGCAGGAGCAGGAGCAGGAGCAGGGGCAGGAGCAGGGGCAGGAGCAGGAGCAGGAGCAGGGGCAGGAGCAGGAGCAGGAGCAGGAGCAGGGGCAUGAGCAGGAGCAGGAGCAGGAGCAGGAGCAGGGGCAGGAGCAGGAGCAGGGGCAGGAGCAGGAGCAGGAGCAGGGGCAGGAGCAGGAGCAGGAGCAGGAGCAGGGGCAGGAGCAGGGGCAGGAGCAGGAGCAGGAGCAGGGGCAGGAGCAGGAGCAGGAGCAGGAGCAGGAGCAGGAGCAGGGGCAGGAGCAGGGGCAGGAGCAGGAGCAGAGGCAGGAGCAGGAGCAGGAGCAGGGGCAGGAGCAGGGGCAGGAGACGGAGCAGGAGCAGGGGCAGGAGCAGGGCCAGGAGCAGGAGCAGGAGCAGGAGCGCCUGUGUGGCCAGACCGCUGGGGGCCUUUGGAACGGUUAG